AAAAGAUUAUAAAAUAAAAAUAUCCAUCAUGAGUAUUUGGGUCAAUUAUAGAAUAAGUGAAUAUCUAAUCCAUUGUAUGAUUUUAGCUGAUCUUCUAACUACUAAUGCUGGAUUCUUCUCUUUUGAUGUGCAGGCACUUCCUAUUUACUUUGAUAAAAUUUUUCAUCCUGUUGUUGCUGUUAUUUUAUCAGUAACUUUUGUUCUAGCUUUUGGAGAAGUAAAAUACUUUUUCAACUCAUGGUUUUUGUCAUACUCAAACAUUUUGAUCUUGACAUUGAAGAACUAACACUUAGCCUAGGAACAAAGAAGUCAAAGGUUCUUGUGUUUGUGUUUGAGAAUGAAGCAAUGAAGUCACAAGUUGAUAGAACAUGGCCACAUGAGAUUGCUCUUGGUGAAGUCAACGAGAAACUCACAAGAGGCCUUGUUGGUUCUGAGAUGGCAAGGUUCAAAUUCAGAAAAGGUUGCAUCAUUUUCUAUGUCUAUGCUGUUAGGCAAAUUGGUAGCUUUGGAUUCUCUUGUUUUGAGGUUCUUAGAACUGUUCUUCAAUCUGUUGUGGAGCUUAAAGAUUUUUUGGAUCACACUGCCAUGCUUUCUAUGCCAAAUCAAAGAAGCAUUACCCAUCAGGUACCAGCAGCCAUGGCUCACUAAUAUAAUCUUAAUUAGGAUCUUCAUUAUUGAAAAUAUUAUUUUUGUUUAGUUUGUUAUUGUUAAUUAGUACCUUUCUUUGGAAUUUUGGGGAGGCUUAUUAUUAUUAAUAUUGAUUUAUUUGUUCAUCA